AUGCAGGGGACCAUCCGAUUGCUAUCUGGCGCUGUGAAACCAGGCUCUAGGCUGAAGAAGCCAGCCAUGAAUUUGGAACAAUUCAUAAUACACCAGCGGGUUAUAAGCCUCUGGCGUGAAAUAUUGAGAUCAACCAAGCGUGAGCAAGCCAGAACAUUCACAAACCGUAGUAUCUCUUGGUUAAUGAGUAAAUUUUAUAUGGCAUCUCCAGGAAUACCAAGUUCAUCUACAAAGGGUGAAUUACGAUCAUUUGCGCGUGGAGAGUUUGAACGACACCGAAACGUCACGGAUGUGGGACAUAUAAGAUACCUACUUUCGACUGGGAAGACAGAAUUUGAUACUAUGAGACGUUAUAUUGACGAACAAAUCAGUUAG